GCAGACUUGCACAGCCACAACUUCUCCAGGAGAUACAAAGCCACCUGCAAGAGUUUACGUACCUUAAUAUUUCUCUUUUUCCGAGCAAAAAUGGUUACCGUCGAGGAACUUAGGAGGGCUCAAAGGGCCGGAGGACCGGCGACGAUCAUGGCCAUCGGAACAGCUACGCCACCAAAUUGUGUCGAGCAAAGCACUUAUGCGGAUUAUUAUUUUCGCAUUACUAAUAGUGAGCAUAAGACUGAGCUCAAAGCAAGGUUUAAGCGCAUGUGUGACAAAUCCAUGAUUAAGAAGCGUUACAUGUACUUGACAGAGGAAAUCUUGAAGGAAAAUCCCAAUCUUCGUGCUUACAUGGCACCUUCCCUAGAUACUAGGCAAGACAUAGUGGUUGUUGAAGUACCAAAACUGGGCAAAGAAGCAGCCCAAAAGGCCAUUAAGGAAUGGGGUCAGCCCAAGUCCAAGAUCACCCAUGUAGUCUUCUGUACCACUAGUGGUGUGGACAUGCCUGGAGCAGACUAUCAGCUCACCAAACUCUUGGGCCUGCGCCCUUCCGUCAAGCGCGUCAUGUUGUACCAACAGGGUUGUUUUGCCGGUGGGACGGUCCUCCGGCUAGCCAAGGACUUCGCUGAGAACAACAAAGGUGCCCGUGUCCUUGUUGUCUGCGCGGAAAUCACUGCAGUUACAUUCCGUGGCCCAAGUGAUGCGCACUUGGAUAGUCUUGUAGGCCAAGCCCUGUUUGGGGAUGGCGCAGCUGCCCUCAUUAUCGGCGCCGAUCCCGUUCCUGAAGUUGAGAGGCCCUUGUUUGAGCUCGUUACAGCAGCCCAAACCAUUGUUCCAGACAGUCACGGGGCUAUCGACGGCCAUCUUCGGGAGUUUGGGCUUAUGUUACAUCUUCUCAAGGAUAUUCCCACGUUAAUCUCGAAGAACAUUGAAAAGAGCCUGAAAGAAGCAUUUGAACCUCUCGGUAUUUCUGAUUGGAACUCACUCUUUUGGAUUGUACAUCCUGGUGGACCUGCAAUUUUGGACCAAGUGGUCGAAAUAUUGGCUCUUCAACCCGAAAAAUUACGGGCUACUAGGCAUGUGCUGAGCGAGUAUGGAAAUAUGUCAAGUGCCUGUGUCCUGUUCAUUCUUGAUGAGAUGAGAAAGGCCUCAAUCAAGGAUGGAUUCAACACCACUGGGGAAGGCUCCGAAUGGGGUGUGCUCUUUGGUUUUGGGCCUGGACUCACAGUUGAGACAGUGGUUCUUCGCAGCGUCACCAUUCCAAAGUAAAUCAUGUUUGAAUCUUUCAAUAAAUAUUCCACAUCUGUAUUACUGUGGAGUUCUAAGUAAUUUUCUUUUUUAUGUGUGUCUUGCUUGGUUGAAUGACCAUUUAAGGUGUCGGUUUAAGCUUAUGUAACAAUCAUGACAAUAAGGUGUUACACCUUGUUUUGGCAUAUUUUGUUAUAUGAAGAAUUUGAUUUCAUUGCAUCAAGAAGUUUGACA